UAUCAACAUAACGGAACUAUUUUACGACCACCUCAGUGUGAAGACAUCACAGAAGAAGAAAGGGAAGUUGACAUACGAGCAGAGGAGGUUUGACGGCAGCCCACCCUCUUAAACUGCAGCAGCUCUCUCUGUCCUCCAGAGGCGAUGCUGGAGUUUGGAGAGACGAGGGGACGGGGCUGAGCAGGAGCGCAGCUACCAUGCCGUGCACAGACUUACAAUAGGGACGAAGUUUUGACAUUUGGCAUUAACCUUCUGUUUUCACCGCUCACCGACGACAUGGAGUACUGGAGGCAGUGUGCGAUGUGGCUGAUCAGCUGCAAAGUGCUGCCCCCGAACCACCGGGUAACUGCGGACACUGCGCAGGUGUUCGACCUGGCGCAAACUCUGCGGGACGGGGUGCUGCUGUGCCAGCUGCUGAACAACUUGAGACCUCACACUAUUAACCUGAAGGAGAUCAACCUCAGGCCACAGAUGUCACAGUUCCUGUGCUUAAAGAACAUCCGCACAUUCCUGACAUCUUGCUGUGAGGUGUUUGGGAUGAAGAAAAGUGACUUAUUUGAAGCCUUUGAUCUCUUCGAUGUUCGAGACUUUGUAAAGGUUAUGGACACUCUGUCCAAGCUCUCCUACACAGCAGUUGCACAGCAAAGAGGAUUCAAGCCAUUUCCAACAGAGGAGAGUCUACAAGACGAGGACAUUUACAAUAAUCUGGAAGACUUGAUUGAUGAGAAUGCCCUCGAGGAUAAGGACGACUUGUAUGCAGCCAUCUACGGGCUGGAAGAAGACUAUGCAGGUGGAGAGAUCUAUGAAGACCUCAUGAGGACUGAACAUCAACCCCCAUUGAAGCAGGCAGAGGUGGAUGUCCGUAGCUGCUGCCUCACAGAGAUCAAACAGACCGAGGAGAAAUACACAGAGACCUUGGAGUCUAUUGAGAAGUAUUUCCUGAAUCCUUUGAGGAUGUUUUUCUCUGCAGCUGAAAUUGACAAAGUUUUUGUCAACAUUCCAGACCUGGUUAAAGUUCACAAGAGCCUGAUGGUCGACGUGCAGGACUCCAUCUUAAACAAAAAUGCCUUAAAUCUCUACCAGAUUUUUAUCAGCUACAAAGAGAGACUGCUCAUUUAUGGGGUAUACUGCAGUCGGGUGGAGAUAGCUAUUGCAGUUUUAGAUCUCAUUUGCAAAGAGAAAGAAGAUGUUCGCCUAAAGCUGGAGGAGUGCUCAAAGAGAGCCAACAAUGGGAAGUUUACGCUGAGGGAUUUGCUGGUCGUCCCAAUGCAGCGAGUCCUCAAGUACCAUCUACUUCUACAGGAACUAGUCAAACACACUCCCGAUGCUGCUGAUAAGAACAAUUUGAAGAUUGCUCUUGAUGCCAUGAAAGAUCUGGCUCAGUUUGUCAACGAGGUGAAGAGAGAUAACGAGACCUUAAGGGAGAUCGACCAGUACCAGAGGUCUAUUGAAAACCUGAAUCAGAAUCUAAUCAGCUAUGGUCGACCAAAAGGUGACGGUGAAGUGCGUAUGGUCUCCAGUGUUGACAAGAGGAAACAGGACAGACACAUCUUUCUAUUUGAUGUGGCUGUCAUUGUUUGCAAGAGAAGAGGAGACAACUAUGAGAUGAAGGACAUACUCGAUCUCAACUACUUCAAGAUCACAAACAACCCCACCACGGACAGAGAGAGUAAAAAGUGGUGCUACGGAUUCUACGUGACUCACCAGCAGGGGCACACAGGCUUUGAAUUUUUCUUUAAGACCGGAGAGCUGAAGAAGAAGUGGCUGGAUCAGUUUGAAAUGGCUAUAUCAAACAUUCGACCAGAGAAAGCUAACCACAACACCCACCAGUUCAAGCUGCACACAUUUGAAAGGAUCACUUCCUGUAGUUUCUGUCAUUUUCUUGCCAGGGGCAUCUUUAACCAGGGUUAUCUCUGUCUUAAAUGUGGGCUGGGGGCUCAUAAGGAGUGCCUGGGUCGACUGGGAAUCUGUGGGAAAACAGAUUCUGCCAAGCCAAAGCCUAAGGAAGGCACAACACCACCAGACCCAGGUUUACCCCGGAUGGUUGUGAUCAGAGACUACAGUGGCAUCCCCUGUCCCCAGUGUGGGCCCCCACUAAACAUUCAUGAGGGUGAUGUCAUUGAACUGAUGUUUGCCGACCUGCACAGCUCUUGGUGGCAGGGGAAAAUUCUGGCGACAAGCAAGAUUGGCUUCUUUCCAAGUGAUGCUGUGAGGCCUUGCCCAUGUGUUCCAAAACCUGUCGAUUACUCUGCCCAACUCUGGUUUGCAGGGCCUAUGGAGAGAUACCAGGCUGAGGUGGAGCUUCUGGACCGAGGAAGCAGCACCUAUCUGGUUCGACACAGGAGUAAAGAGUGCACUGAAUAUGCCAUUAGCAUAAAGUUCAACGAUAAAGUCAAGCACAUUAAGAUUCUGACCAAGGGGUGCUUUUACAUCGCAGAGAGUCGGCUUUUCAAGACUGUGCUGGACUUGGUGGAAUACUACAAGCAGCACUCUCUAAAGGAGGGUUUCAGCAGUCUUGACACCACUCUGCAGGUCCCCUAUAAGGAACUGUCCAAUGGAAACAUGCCCAAUGCCAUUACCAAGGCUGGCAGUGUUCCUCUUGGCGGCUGCAGCUUUGUUCCGCCUUCCUCUUCGCCUUUCUGGUCAGUGUUUUCUCCCAGGGUGGUGGGUAUUGCAGUGGCACGCUAUGACUUCUGUUCCAGAGACACACGGGAGCUCUCCCUGCUGCAGGGAGACAUUAUCAAGAUCUAUACCAAGAUGUCCAAUGGGUGGUGGAAGGGAGAGGUCAACGGCAGGAUGGGCUGGUUCCCUUCUACCUACGUGGAAGAGGAGGACUGAAUUUCCGGGAUGUAUGACAUUUAUUCAGCGUUUGUUAAGAGCUGACCACCUCCAGCGAGCGUCGCGCUGCUCUGCCACUCUCUGUGCCCUGCAAGUAAGAUCUCUUUGAUAAAACCCUGAGUCUCGGACUGAAGAGGAAGCAGUGGUGCCCUCAAAAACCUUACACUGCCCUCUGACAGACUCUCAGACAGAGCAGAUGUCAAAUCACAGUUUCCAGGAGUGUCAUGCCAUAUCUCGCCUCUGUUCGGCCCUGUCUGCCCCAGCGGCCCACUGGGAAGUUCCUGUGCUGUACCCAGAUAGCUCUCCCUCCUUCCUUCCUGCUCACCUUGUCUUAUUAUUGAUGACUCCUUUGGCUGGUGCGAGACUUGCCUUCACUGUCAUCAUGUUUCAAUACCAGGAAGGCUCAGGCACCCACCUGGAACACAGAUCCUGCUGACAGCGCACCGCCCAGGUACCACACCAAAUUGAAAAGCAGGAUCUUAGGGGCUUUGACUGUUGUUGGAACACUAUUCUUGACUAUUCAGACUUUUGUUUUUAACGUUCUGUCCAAGACUUUUAUUUUUUAACGAUUAAAUCGCUGGAAUAAUAUAAACUAUGUGAUAUUUAAAUGCAGUUGCUCAAUUGUGAUUUGACACAGUUUGAAAAAAAAGGAUGGAAAGAUGUCAGUGCCACAGCGUGAAGGAUUGAUCUGUCAUGCACAUGCGGUGUGUUUGCCAUCUUAAUGACUAUUAGUAUUGUGGAGCCAAGGGUGAUUGGUCAUAUUACAGGACAGCACGUCUAGAAGCAAUGUAGUUGAUAAUGUUGUGGUGGAAGGUGUUUAAAUACACCAGUGAUAAAGGUAUGUCUUCAAGCUUUGAUUUCUGCUGUUUAAUUUAUUUGUAGUCAUUGUUUAGUUGAAUAACUACCUCAACUUUAAGAAGCAUCUUCAGGAGACAUUGGAUUGAUGUCAAAAUUUAAAAAGUAGUUCACCCUUUACUGUUUCCACCUACAUGUAAAGCAACAGUUCCCAUUUUGGAAUUUGUUUUGCUUUCUUGCCAAAAGUUUGGAUGAGAAGAUUAAUACCACUCUUAUACAGUAUGCUUCUAUUCAGUAUGAAGCUACAGCCAGCCGCUGGUUUAGCUGCAUGAAUAGACUCCUUUGCAAACAUGAAUUAGUUUGGUAAUAUGUGAAAUUUAGUCAAUUUUUGUGGCAACAACAACUUUAUUCUACAUGAUAAUGCUGAUUUUUCAAUCAGCGGUUCUCACUACAACCAAGCUAGACAGAAUCAAGCUCUGUUUCUCAAGACAAUAUAUACUUAGUAAAUUACUAUAUUGAAGGCCUUUUAACUUGGAGACCUGGUGACUCCCUUUAGAGCCAUCUGAAGGCAGUAGGUAUCUGUUCCAUCUGCAGUCUCUAAUUGGAGUGAUGUUGCACACAGCAGAUCGCACAGGGUAAAUUUUGAGCAACCAGCAUCAGACUGCUGUAAAAUAACCACAGAAACCUCCCUGCCCAUAUGCACAUCUAGCAUGUUGUUUUGAUUUAUUAUUCUAACUCUCUCAGGAUCAGUCUUUCUGAUCCCAACCUGAGUGUGCCCAAGUGUGCCACAGGUGCAUCAAGCCAUGAAAUUUUCAAAAGUGUGUUUGGCACUGUCCCGACCAACUUGGCAGAGCAGACUUGAAUCUGGAAUUGCUGAUGGGUUCAAGAAAAUGAAGUCAGCGGAGGGUGUUCUCUUGUGUGUAGCAGCUAACCAUCGACUUGUAGAGGUAAGGAGAACAAAUGCUCUGUGUAGAGAAAGUACUGACAGUUUCUGAUUCUGUGGGCAAAAAUUCCACAAUACCCUUUCAGCAUAUUAUGAUUCAGGUGGUCUGAGAGAAAAAAGUCUUGCACCCUUUUGGCCCUGUUUUAGAAAAUCUAGCCCAUGACUAGUGACUGGGCAUGAAUAUGCAUUUUUCCCAAAUUACAAAUAUAGUGAAUCAUUUGAAAGGAAGAACAAAAAAAUCAUAUUUAAUUUUGCUCCCAUUCAAUGGCACUAAAGGGAAAAAGAAUGCCCGGUUCUUAUGUUUCGCUUCAUAUACGUGAAAUCAUCAAAUAGGCAAAGAAAAAGAAAAAGAAAGUCAAAUAAGUUUUAAAAGGCCAUGUGUGUGGGGUAGAUUGUGUAAUUGGAGGUAUAGGUAGAUACUUCACUACGAGCUGCUUUUGAUCAUUCUGUUUUACAGGUUUUGUGUUUACCUCAACUCUUUUUGGAGUUAAAAUGAAUGAUUCAAGGGUGAUGUAACACCUGUUCACUGUAGUGCAAAGUAGCACAAGAGCGUUGAGUGAUGCUGUUUUCCUUCAAACGUUAACAUCCCGCUAGCCAUGUGUGACAUCAAUAUUUAAUAAAAGCGCACUCUUUGAAUUGUA